UGUCGUUUUGCGCCCCGGAAGUUCAGAGAGGACGAUCUCCCUCCUGGGUAGAAUGACGAUCUCCCUCCAGGGUAGAAUGAUUGCUCGCACCGACGUUGGGUGGGGAAGCACCAUCUGUGCCGUUGCCGUCGCCGUGCAGUCAGACAGGCCCUCGCCUCCGUGGACGCGGAAGGGGCGGAGACGACUACAGGAGGGCAAGGGCAAGGGACACGUGGCUUCGGUAGGAGAAGGGAAGCUGGCAGCGGUAGUACUUGACGGCGAUGGCUUCGCAUAUCGCAAAGCGACAUCGGGCUCGGUGGAUGUGUGUCUCUUCCACCACGCCACGAGGAGGCGGCGGCUUCACCGGACAAAUGAGCGCGAAGCUCUCGUGUGUACACGUGGCAGGAGUCUAUCUGAAGCGAAAGCCUGGGAGUUGCCGACAGAUGAGAAACUGCGGCGCACCUCCGCUUUCGAUUUGCGCGGCCACGUCCUCCUGAAAGGUCCUCCUGUCAAGCCAUGCAGGGUUAGUGUUGCUCGGCGGCUCUGUCCGUCCGUAAGGCGGCGCGGAGAUGCCGGCGACGAGAACGGUAUAAUACGUGUUCGGUGCAGGACAUCCCAGCGGAGCCGAUGGUGUGAUGGAGAUUACGUGGCGUCGCGUCGACGGUCGCCCAUCCGCUCCCCGCUUGUCGUGGCCUAUCAGGGAUCGCCUUGGGUCGCCCCGUCUUUGUCUGCGUAUGGAGGGUGGUCGGCGAUCCCCUGGCCAAGGGAGGAGGAGGAAGAGGAGGAGGAGGAGGUGAAGACGAAGACGAAGAAGAAGAGAAGGAGAGAUAUGUUGGUGCUUUCGGGAUUGACACGGGGGGAAGGGACUGCGAAGUUGUGCGGCACUGGGCACGGCGAUGGCGACAUCGACGACGACGACAAGCAGGAAGAAGAAGUUGAGAUCGAGCGAGGCAGUACGAUUAGAUAUAAUGGUGAAUUCCAGAGAUCAGCGAGAGGUAUUCUGGAAGAAUGCACGCGCGGCCAUGGGUGGGUGCAAUCGCAUCUUGAGCUAAACAGAUUGUCCAAGGCGGAUAAUUCCCAUUCGCACUUGUGCGCCUUUCCUGUGCCGCAGGCGGAAGAGAGUGCGAGAUCCAGAUCCCCCGUCGGAAGUCGGUCGUUGCGAUCCCGUGCUGCAGGCAAGGGAACAAAUCAAAAUCAAAUGCUCGUGUGGAGGCGGACGUCAAAGCGCGCCGUCGUCAGUGCGACACCUGCUGUCGAUGAGCUUCGGAGAAGUAGCUGCGCGGGAAUAAGGAGAAUUGGAGGCGGAGGUGGAGGGGAAAGCGUCGCCGCCGUCGUCAGCGAACAAAGGCCGAGGCUCGGCGGCCAAGGAUACGGAAAGCUUAACGGCGAUCACGACUGUAUGAAGCUCCGGCAUGGGCACGACGGGAAGUGGGCUCAGGCUGGUGUGGAUACGGUGCAACAGGCCGUGUGCUGUAUCAUUGCAGCCGCAUCAGUCACAUUGUGUGCUGGUAGUAUGCCACUGCCAGCUCUCGCGGAGGUCCCCAUCGCGUCGCCCGUCGCAGUAUGUGGCGCCGCGUCGACGUUCGACCCUGAUGAGGCCAGUGCAGACGGGACACAGACCACGUGUCUCGAUAUGCACGCUGCAGAAUUAGCGCCCGCUCAGACCGUCGCGUUGGGAUCCGUCGUUGACGGGGGGGAGGGGGGGAGGUCUUUCAUGGACCCCGCUCUUUCAUCACCCUCAAGCCCUGCUUCCGAUUUCGCGUCCGAGGUUGUCAGCCACGGUGACCCCCGACUAUCCUCGUCGCCUUCAUCUCCUCCCCCUCCUCCUCCUCCUCCUCCUCCUCCUCCUUCCGCUGCUUCUGCCUCUGGCGUUUUGUCGGCUACCAGUCCGCAAUCCAUGCCAUUGGUUGAGAACCUAACCGCGCAGCAGCAACAGCCGUACGUGCGGCUCGCGCCGGUGGGCAGCGUGCACGUGGCAUUGGUUUCUGACACGUGGGUGCCUCGCGUUGCAGCUGAUAACCUGUCUGUCGGGAUCCCGCCUGAGCGAAGUACUUAUAUUUCUCUUUUGCCUCCUUCUCCUUCUCCCCCUGCUCCUCCUCUGCCUGCAGAAACGAUGCGGGGGGCAGCACCCGCGGAGCGUCUUUCAGUUGUCGCCCAACAGCAGCGAUCACUGCAAUUGGCAUCUGGCUCAGGCAUGACACGCAGGUCGGCGACUUCCUUGGAGCGCAUUUUGGCGGAACAGCUGGCCCGGCGAUUUCGGGAGAUGUCAGAUGAGGAAUUGGUUGACGUGUUCGAAGAGCUGAUUAUGAGAUCACAGGAGAUGGCCCCUGCACCGGAAUCCAAAGAGAUGAUUACAAUGCCGCCUCGUGACUCGAUUGGUGGAGCAGCUGAAGGCAGAACAGUCAACGGCCGUAGAGAAGACGUGGGCAAGAUGGGAAAAUAUGGGGUGGCGGGGAUGGGAAAGUAUGGGGUGGCAGGGAGUGUGGACGGCUUGGGCGAAGAAACCCGCGCGAGUGGCCAAGUGGAUGAUGCCAUGGAUGCGCAGAGGAACGAGACACGUGGCGGUGAUGAUGUCAGACGACAAGGCAAUGGGAGUGAUGAGAUGAGCAAAGAAGCAACUUCCCAGCAGACGCCGAAGGCGUCAGGUGAAGUUGGUGGCUUGGAAGAGCCACGUCAGUCUUCUGACAUGGCUGUCCGUGAUGGAGACACCAGGGAGAGACCCUCUGUGGGUUUGCAAGCGUCGUCGAAAGAUGGGCAAGAGGAUGAUGAUCCAAUCAAGACUCCUGAUCCUGUAGUGGGGGAAGCCGUCAAGGGUCGGCCCAAGGAGCCUCAGAAGCAGCAGGUCAACGGAUCGAGUCCUCAGAAGGACGAGGUAGCCCGUAGCACAGCCACAGCCGCCGUAGCAAAGCCGGGCGGCGCAGCAGCAGAACAGUUAACUGAUCCUCAGAAUGAGCAGGAAGCUAAGGGGCAGCCACAGAGGCAGACAUGGAGUCAGGCACGACAAUCACAAGAGAAGGACAGUCGUUCUGCUGCUAAAGCUGCCACUGCAGCUGCGGCGAGGGAGGAGGUUGUCGAGCAAAGUGGGGCGGAGCUUCGCAGAAACGUUCCCGGUCCGCAGACGUCCGGACAGCUCAGAGGGAUGGGGAAUGAAUCAGGUGGUGAUGAGAACGUGGUCUUAGAUAGAGUCAUGUCCAGCUUUGGCUUGGUACAAGGAAACUGGACAGCAGGGUUUGAAGAAGGAGAAUCUCCAAGCGGUGAGGACAUCACCUCCAGGGUGCUGAUUGCUCUCCUUGGGGCUGCAUUUGUCGGGUUAUGCUUCGCCACUGCUAGGGUAGUGCUGGCAAGGAUGCAGAAGAGUGGAGACUCCCAGCAGGUUCAGCGUCGGGAGGGCUUGACGAUGGAGGACGGGGAGGACUUUGCAGAGAAGGAAGUGGAAGAUGAUCAACGUUGGUGGAACCCCUUGAAGAGGUUACUAGUAGUACUACAGGGAAAAGGUGACGGCAGGGCAGGGGGACGGAAUGGUCCUCGACGAGAGCAGCUCAGUUUUGCAGGCAGCGAAGACCCUGAGGAGGAGGAUUCAUCCGUGGGCUCAUUCAUUCAAGACGUGGCAUCACGGAUUUCUGUGAUUGUAGGCAGGAGACAAGAAGAAGAGGAAGACGGAGGCGGAGGAGGAGGAGGAGGAGGAGGAGCAGGAGUUGAGGAUUACGAUGGUGCAAUAGAGGAGGAAAAUUAUGAAAGAGUCGGUGGUCAAGGAAGAAAGGCAUUGACUUCGGCCAUCAAUGUCGGGGAUGGCCGGGCUGGACAGGGUGGUAUCUCUUCCGCAUUGAAGGGUAGACGAGGAGAGCGAGGAGCGGGCGGAGGACAGGCAGUGAGAGGAGGUCAAAGAGUUCUCUGGAGAAGAAGAGAGAGCAGGGAGGAAGGCUCAGAAAAACGUGGCACAGCCAGUGCAAAUCCGCGUGUUUCACAAGGCGAGGAGCGGGUAGGGGAAGAUGAAGACGAGGAUUUGCUCGGAGCUGGAUGGAAAGAUGCCUUGACUGCUAGUGGAGCUAAUUUUCCUAGCCAGCGAGAAAGAAGCGAGCGGGCGUGGACAAGUGGGUCGGCGACAAGAACAGGUGGCGGUACCAGAGAUUCGGUGAGUACUGCACCUCCUGCUCAACUGGGACGUCGCCCCGAUGAUACUAUUUAUUAUCCGGAAGAUAUACCAUCUUCUAAUGGAAGUGGGGGGAAAGUAGGAGAUCGGGAGCAACUUCAAAAAGGUUGGCAGACCCCAGAGUACAGGGGGGUAAAUACAGGAUACACAGACUCUGAGGUGAAUACAGAUGCGCUUGACAAAUCGUACGUGCAUGAUCGUGGAGGAAGGGGUACUCAACUGCGAAGGCCACAAGGUCAACGCCGCAGUGCCAAGCAGUCUCGACUUGGAUCACUUGGAGGCCCCACCAAUCCUGCUGGCCAGGCCAAUCAUCGAACAGGAGAUUCAGGAGUAUCUCAAGCUGAGAACUUGCGGGCCCCUUUGGGGCAGUUCGAAAAGGACUUGGGGGACCCAUUGGAGGAGUUCCAGGAUGGGAGUGUGGUGUGGCGGAGGGAUUUUGAUGGCGUAUGGAAUGGUGCGGACAGCACGCAAAUCGGACAACGCCAUGAAGGGAGCCCCAGGGUGAGUGGAAACCAUGUUGAUGAUGCCAUCCCCGCGAUCAAGUCCACAGAGCAAAGGGUUGCAGAAGGGCAAGCAUCAUCUCUUCCUGGCAAGGCCAAAGUAAAAGACAAGGUCAGGGUUGGUCCUUUGGAGAGUCAACAGCAGGAGAGGGAGAUCAGAGGGCGCGUGGGAAGCAAUGGCAAUGAAAAGGGGAAAGGAAUGAAUGACUCUGAGUUGGAGAGAUCAGCAGUGCGUCCAUCAGGUCUGGACAGGGCAUGGGCAGGAAGGUCCACAGUUGCUGGUGCAGAUCUGACGAUGGGGUCGGAGGAGUUAUCCUUGAGAGAACGCAGUGGUCAUUUGAUUGACAAUCCGUUGGUGCAUGAGAUGAUUGGCCAUGAAAAAUGGCCUCAGGGGGCAGUCGAGUCGCAUGACUUGGGUUCGAAGGGUUUCCUUGAUGAUGAUCCUGACCGCGUGUCCACUAUUAGCAGACAAAUGCUCUCUUCUGACGAUGCAGUCGGCAAUCAUACUUCCAUGACAGUGAUGAUGCCAAGCAGGAACAGUAUUCGUAACCAUCUGGCUGAAGAAGAACUGCCUUCAGACGCAGGACACGAAACUGCUGGAAAACCCAAAGCCGCGAGCGAGGAGUGGAAAGUCCAUGGCAGUUCAGCUCAUGAGGAGGUUUCUGCUAUAGGUGGGGAGAUGGAGGAACAAAAGGAAGACUCAGAGCCCCAAAUGCAACUCUCACAAGAGAAGAUAGUAUACCAAUCGGCUGUUUUUGGAGUGCUGCAAACGCUUCUUUGGAGUGCAGAAACCAAAACUUGGGAAUCGUAAGAGGACAGGACCUGGUGAAGUGUGAAACGGACGAGCAAUGCGGACUCGAGGAGGUGCACUGAUUGCGAAUGGGUGAAAUUAAUGCGGGUGAGUUCCCUGUGACUAUGUGCCUGUGCUCUCUUUCCGUGUGCCCCAACACUCUCAAAGGGUCAUCUGUGUCUCUGUGUGCAACUGCCGCGCAGAACUCCUCAUAAAAUAUGCAGUACAAGUUGGGCCCGUGUGAUCAGCUCCCAAAAUAUCCGAAGCAAGGAGUUGGAGGGUCCAGAUGCACAGAGACAUCCUGAUCAGAGGUCUACAACCAAAGGGGGGUGGCGCACCAUAGUUCCCGCAGCGCACCACACCACACACCUGGGCACACACAUCAAUGCGGGGGGAGUGUGCCAGCGCUCUUGCACCGGGCACAGGUCAUCGCACGGGUGCGCUGCGAGGAAUAUGGCUUUCCGUGCUGAUGAUCUGAGCUGACUACUAUUUAAUGUUCAAGCUGUAAGCGGACAAUCGCAUUGCCCAGUCUGAUAACAAUGGUGAAUUCCAAGGAGAGGAGCUAACUUUGUGUGUACUUCGUGGAGUAGGGCCGUUGGUGGGGAGUUUGGACUCCGGAGCGGAUAAUUUCACAAGUAACAAAAUCAAACCCUUCAGCUUUCCAGUUGUGCUUCAGCCUAUUGAAGUCACAGCGCCAACGCAAUGGCAAUGAUCAAAGUCGCCAUGAUUACAUUACCAAGAUGUCACAAGUUGCAACACCUUCGUUGUUGUCACGGUUCUGCAAGUGCAGAAAUUAUGAACUUCAGGAUCUUUAUUUUUUUAGAGAUAUACACGCAAAGCCGCCGAACUGUGCAAGACAUACAUGAGAUGUAGUAGUAGGAGAGUUCCCUUUCAACUGGUCCAGCCCUUGGGGAAGGUCUAUUUGGGACAUCUCAGGGAAUUUAUGUGGUACAGUCCUUGGCGAAGGUCUAUUUGGGACAUCUCAGGGAAUUUAUGUGGGACAUCCUGGAGGGUCUAUUUGGGACAUCUCAGGGAAUUUAUGUGGGACAUCCUGGAGGGUCUAUGUGGGACAUCUCAGGGAAUUUAUGUGGGACAUCCUGAUAACCUGCCAGGCAUGACUGGAUGAUUAAGAGUGAGGUAGUUUCUGUAGAUAGUUGAAAGACGAAGCCCGUGUAAGGAAAAAUUUAAAAUUUGAACUCGGGACGUCGGACCUGCAAGCAAGAGGACCACUUCAACCUCAGAAGAGAGGACUGGUGUUCGAGGGCAGGCGAAUUGGAUAAAGGAGCGAAGGGGAAAUUUCGAUGACGUACCAGGCCGACCUCAGGUAACUCCGAGUCAUAUCGACAAUAUGCUGGGUAGAGUUUAAAUGGAACAUGACCCGAUCGAGAAACGCAUAUUGGCUGAUGGAGAACUGCACACGGGUGAUGAGCAGCCUGAUGGUGCUGUCAGGAACAGAAAUUGGAAGUGGAAAUGGGAAGUGGAAAUGGCAAGCCGAUGCAAUAUGGCACCAACGUGGGGGAAGGAGCCGCAGUUAUACAAUAAGAUAACAUUGUCAAGAACUUAAAAUAUGAUCGAUCAUAAAGCAGAUAAAGUGCUAUUUAGUAU